CUCGCGACUCAAAUCGCGACGAAGCGUGAGCACGAAGUUUGGGUUGCAGAUCUAGAUCCGCGGACUGGGUCCCGAGACGCGUCCUCGAGGCAAAAGAGAAGGGCAGAGAGAUUAGAGGAUCAUGAGGCCGAGAAAGUAGCAGUCGCAUAGGAUCCGCGAUCGAUCCGAUUCCGAUACGCUACGAGAGAGAGAGGGGUCGGGGGGAGAGAGAUGAGCAGCGGCGGGGAGGAGGCGAGCGGGGCGGCGUCGUCGUCGUCGUCGUCGUCGUCGGCGAAGCGGAGGGAGAAGGCGAGGGUGAGCCGGACGUCGCUGAUCCUGUGGCACACCCACCAGAACGAUGCGUCGGCGGUGCGGAAGCUCCUGGAGGAAGACCCCGGCCUCGUCAACGCCCGCGACUACGACAACCGUACCCCGCUCCACGUCGCUUCCCUCCACGGCUGGAUCGACGUCGCCAAGUGCCUCCUCGAAUUCGGAGCCGACGUCAACGCCCAGGACCGCUGGAAGAACACGCCACUGGCUGAUGCUGAAGGAGCUAAAAAACACAACAUGAUCGAGCUGUUAAUAUCAUAUGGCGGCUUGUCUUUUGGACAAAAUGGGAGCCAUUUUGAACCGAAGCCUGUUCCACCUCCUCUUCCUAACAAGUGUGACUGGGAAAUAGAACCCUCUGAGUUGGAUUUCUCGACUUCAACCUUAAUUGGAAAGGGUUCAUUUGGUGAAAUUUUAAAAGCUUAUUGGCGUGGAACGCCAGUGGCAGUCAAACGCAUUCUUCCAUCUCUAUCAGAUGAUAGAUUGGUGAUGCAAGAUUUCAGGCAUGAGGUUAAGUUACUAGUGAAGUUGCGCCAUCCUAAUAUUGUUCAGUUCCUUGGAGCAGUCACUGAAAGGAAACCUUUGAUGCUAAUAACAGAAUAUCUGCGAGGGGGUGAUCUUCACCAGUUCUUGAAAGAAAAGGGGUCACUUAGUCCAUUAAUGGCUGUUAAUUUUGCACUAGAUAUUGCCAGGGGCAUGGCUUAUCUUCAUAACGAGCCCAAUGUUAUAAUCCACCGAGAUUUAAAGCCUAGGAAUGUCCUCUUGGUGAACUCCAACGCAGACCAUUUGAAGGUUGGAGAUUUUGGACUUAGUAAGCUGAUCAGAGUACAGAACUCUCAUGAUGUGUACAAGAUGACCGGAGAAACUGGAAGCUAUCGAUAUAUGGCUCCUGAAGUAUUCAAGCACAGGAAAUAUGAUAAGAAAGUCGAUGUUUUCUCCUUUGCUAUGAUACUAUAUGAGAUGCUUGAAGGAGAUCCCCCAUUCUCAAAUUAUGAACCAUAUGAAGCUGCAAAAUACGUGGCAGGCGGACACCGUCCAACAUGUCGAGCGAAAGGAUAUGUUCAAGAAUUGAGAGAGUUGACAGACCAAUGUUGGGCUGCUGAUAUGAACCAGAGGCCUUCUUUUCUAGAGAUACUCAAGAGGCUUGAAAGAAUCAAGGAGAAGCUGUAGAGCAUCACUGGCACAUUUUGUAACUCAGUUUCUCAGAUUAUGUUUUUCUCUUGCAUCAUUGGGCAUGCUACCUUGAUUGGUAUGGGAAUUCAUUAUGCAGUAUACUCAGAAAGUUUAUCACAUGAUACAUUAGAAAAUUGACCGAUGAACACCUGGCCAUGGGCCAUUUGUUGCAAAACAAUGUAAUUUGUUCCUCCUCUUUUCUCCAGCCUUUUUUUUUCUUUCCAAUUUUCACUUAUUUCUGGUUGGCAUUGUUGUUGGAAGUUGAUCAAGGUAGCUAUUGAGCCCUUUCUAUCAUUGCUCACAUUGCAAUAUAACCAAGAAUAGGCCAUCAAAUUUGCUGUCUGUAAAGUUACUUUCUAAAAUUUGCGAGGUUGUUUUCUGUAUGAGACAUUCCUUUUGUACAUUGAGAUCUUGAAUGUUACCAAACAAAUGUUAGUUUGCUUGCA